UAAUUGAGAGAGAACUAGACGAAGAGAGAAAGAGGGGGAGAGAGAGAGAGAGAGUGAAUGUGUGUUGUGUUUUUUUUGGGUCUCCGAAGCUAAGAAACGGUUUGCUCAGUCAUUUUAAUCCCCAGAAAUAAAAAUCCCAAUUUUCUCCUUUUAGUGAGAGAGAGAGAGAGAGGGAGAGAGUGGUGUCUUUAUAGAGGGAAAGAUUUUCUGGGGGACUAUUUUUUUGGGUUCCAAAUGGUUGAAUUGGAAAAAACCCAUGCAUCAUUCUGAUAAAUAUUACAUGUAAUCUAUGUAUUUUCUUCGAUAUGGGUUUUUGGAAGAAAGCAAUCUGUGAUCUUGUAAACCAAUAAAGCGAUCAUCUUCCGAUGCAGUGAUUGGAUAGAUAGUUGGGAUUUGCGGUUGUGUUAUUUUGGGCCGUUGAUUUCGUUUUUUUGCUGCUAGACAUGAACGGUGGCGAUGAGGUCAUCGCAGCUCCGGCGGGCCCUCCUCAGCCGCUGGAGUGGAAAUUCUCUCAGGUGUUCGGCGAGCGUACGGCCGGCGAAGAAGUUCAGGAAGUUGAUAUUAUUUCAGCUAUUGAAUUUGAUAAAAGUGGUGACCAUCUUGCUACUGGUGAUCGUGGGGGCCGUGUUGUUCUCUUUGAGAGGACAGAUACAAAAGAUCAUGGUAGCUCCAGAAGGGAUUUGGAGAGAAUGGAUUAUCCCAUUACUAGGCAUCCUGAGUUCCGUUAUAAAACAGAGUUUCAGAGCCAUGAACCUGAGUUUGACUAUCUCAAGAGCUUGGAGAUAGAGGAGAAAAUCAACAAAAUCAGAUGGUGCCAAACAGCGAAUGGUGCUCUGUUUCUUCUAUCUACUAAUGACAAAACAAUCAAGUUUUGGAAGGUGCAAGAAAAGAAGGUUAAGAAAAUUUCUGAAAUGAAUGUGGACCCUACGAAAGUUGUAGGUAAUGGCAGUCUUGCUAGUUCAAGUAACUCUACUAGUAGCCCUAAACAAUAUCUUGCAAAUGGAGGAUACCCAGACAGAUCUUGUCCAAGCAAUGACUUUCCCAUCCCAGCAGGGGGCAUUCCAUCGUUACAUUUACCCGUGGUAACUAGCCAUGAGACUAGCCUGGUGGCUAGAUGUCGGAGGGUUUAUGCUCAUGCUCAUGAUUAUCAUAUCAAUUCAAUUUCAAACAACAGUGAUGGUGAAACUUUUAUAUCAGCUGAUGACUUGCGAAUUAAUCUUUGGAACUUGGAAAUUAGCAAUCAAAGUUUCAAUAUCGUAGAUGUGAAGCCUGCGAACAUGGAAGAUCUAACUGAGGUGAUAACUUCAGCUGAGUUCCACCCUACUCAUUGUAAUACGUUAGCAUAUAGCAGUUCCAAAGGAUCAAUCCGCCUCAUUGAUUUGCGGCAGUCAGCAUUGUGUGACUCUCAUGCUAAAUUAUUUGAAGAGCAGGAGGCACCUGGUUCUAAGUCCUUUUUCACAGAAAUUAUAGCUUCAAUCUCAGACAUUAAGUUUGGAAAGGAUGGAAGAUACAUACUUAGCCGUGACUACAUGACUCUUAAGUUGUGGGACAUCAAUAUGGAUUCAGGUCCUGUUGCAACUUUUCAGGUCCAUGAAUAUUUAAGACCUAAGCUGUGUGAUCUAUAUGAAAAUGAUUCAAUCUUCGAUAAAUUUGAGUGUUGUCUGAGUGGUGAUGGAUUACGAGUUGCAACAGGUUCUUAUAGCAAUCUCUUCCGUGUAUUUGGUUGUGCUCCUGGAAGUACCGAGGCAACAACUCUCGAGGCUAGCAAGAAUCCGAUGAGGCGACACGUGCAGACCCCUUCGAGGCCAUCCAGGUCCCUGAGCAGUAUUACACGAGUUGUCAGACGAGGAGCAGAAAACACUGGGGUUGAUGCAAAUGGAAAUUCUUUUGAUUUCACGACAAAGUUGCUCCACCUAGCAUGGCACCCUACUGAAAAUUCAAUAGCCUGUGCGGCAGCAAACAGCUUGUAUAUGUACUAUGCAUAAAAGGUUGUCAGAGAAGGAAAUAUGUUUUGCUUGGUUAACUUUUUUGGUUGCCGUUGGAGAGGGUGUCCUUUCGCCUACUCACCAACCAGUGAAUUGGAGGCUACAUUAGUUCUCACAUUUUAAAGUGCCUGUUAAUCCGUAGCACAUGCAUCUUGGUAUCCAAGUUCCAGAAGUGGCUGUCACAGAAUCCGCGAGGAAGCAACCUUGAUUUUGUCCCCGGGUGGGCAGUGUCUGUUCCCCCUUCCUCUCAACCCCCAAAACUUUCUUCCUUUUUUGUUACCCUUUUCUUUUUUAUGCAUCUUCUUCCAAAAGAGAAGAUUGCAAAUUUGAUGUCUUAAAGUUUGUGUUGGGUUGAAGUCAAGAAGAAAAUGUGAUUGUAGCUCUCCUACAACAAAAUACUAAAGAAGGAUGUUCAAAUAUUUGCCACUAGGUUUAAGUUACAAAUGUAGUUCCUUUACUCAAAGAAAAAAAGAAAAAAAAAAAAAGAAAAAAAGAAAAAAAGAAAAAUAGAAUUCUUGGUGGGAUGGAGCUGUUGAAACUUGCAGUGCAUCAUUUUUUAAUUGAUUCGUUGUCAUGGAUGGGAUUUUAAUUUUAUUUUAUUUUUCCCCUCAUUUACAAGGAUGUUUAUUAACUAUAUAGAAGAUUUCCAUUUUGUGUAGAGCAAAGCAAA